AUGUCUGCGCUAUCCGCUCGUAGCAUCACCUCUGAGAUGAAUAAUCUCAACCCAUUCACACCACCACCCAGCGAUUCUAGAGCUGUGUUCAAUCGUCGACGUCGCAACCACACUGACCAUGGCCAUCCGGCAUUGUCCUCCAGCUCGCAUGAACAACGUUUUGCACUAGGCUCUCGUGAAGAUGUGCAGCAGGAAGACUAUGUGAGCCCUAUAGCUGCAAUGUACACCAGAGCCUGGACACGCUUUAGAAAUGCGGAAGAAGCUCGACAGACAACGUCCGGGAGGACUUUAGGAGAUGGGCUUGACUUGAUUUCGAUGCAACAGCCUGAAGCUCGAUAUACCAUCAGCAAUGGCCCGCCACAGGACACCACACAUGGAACUAACUUCAAUGAGCACGAUGCAUCCUUCAGAAAUGGCCCAGCAUCUCGUCCACUAGUCAAUCCUCUUUACUCACAAGACUACCAACCUCAACAUAACACGCAUCGACGGGUCUACCACUCUGAUACAUAUGCGGAGGCGAUAGGAAAUCCUUAUGCAAAUCCAUUCGACGACGCAAGUGGACUUGGGUUGUAA